CCGACCGCGACUACAAUCACGCUCUGUUCGUGUUCACUCGAAGGUCGAGCCGAAGGCUUGCGUGUUGUCCGCACGUUUUCCUUCCGCCAGCCGCAGCAAGUGACUCGCAGUCGCAGCGACGAACAAAGUUUGACAGGCCGGGGUGAUAACACGACGAGGUCGCGUCCGCGCGGAAAUCGGUAUCGGUAUCGUUAUCGAGUGAAGUUUCCCACUGUGUCGCAAAACGGAUUAAUCAUGCAGGUGCACGAGCAGAUAAUCGUGACCGACGGGCAGGAGCAGCCCAUCUCCAGGACCUAUCAGUAUCGAAAGGUGAUGAAACCGAUGCUGGAGCGCAAGCGUCGAGCGCGCAUCAACCGUUGCCUGGACGAGCUCAAGGAUCUGAUGGUGACCGCGCUGGCCGGCGACGGCGAGAACGUGGCGAAGCUGGAGAAGGCGGAUAUCCUGGAGCUGACGGUGCGUCAUCUGCACAAGCUCCAACGUCAGCAGCGUCUCUCGGCGAACCCGGUGAUCGACGCGGACCGCUUUCGGGCCGGCUACACGCACUGCGCGAACGAGGUCAGCCGUUGCCUGGCCGCCACCCCCGGCGUCGACGUCGCUCUCGGCACCAAGCUGAUGACGCAUCUCGGCCACAAGCUCAACUCCAUGGACAAGACCGGGCCCUUGACCAUCCACGUGGCCGCCCCGCAAUCUUCCCCCACGCCCUCCAGCGAGCUCAGCUCCGACGAGUACUCGAUGCCGCUGACGCCGGCGUCCAGCCAACCAUCCCCGGUGCGAACCGACAUCGACACCGUCUCCCAGAGCCACCAGGGUCUCCUGCAGGUGGCCAAACCGAACGAGCCCAUCUGGCGGCCGUGGUAAAUUUCUGGCCGAUCGAUCGGGCAUCGAAACUGACGGGAGGGGACGAGUCUUCCGAAGGAUCACGGGGGACAAUCUUUGCAAUCUCGUUUGCGAUUUGGACGACGCGAGGAACUUCGCGGGAGGGAAGAGGGAGGACGCGCGCUUAGGUUUAAGGAGUUCCAUUUGCUCAAGAGACACUCACGUCAGCGGACAUCGUAUGUUUCCCCGUCAGUCUACCAUCAUCGUCGCAAACAUCUCAAUAACGUUCCGCGAGAGUCGGGAAGCACUGGGAUCUCGAUACGUAGUUUUCUUUCGCGGCCGAGCGCGGCUGAAGCUUUAAUUUACUCGACAGUUAGAUAUUUUCUAUUGUUUAUUUCAUACUUUUAUCGAGGAUGUUUUUCUUUUUUUAUUUUCUCGCCGAAUAUAACGUUGUUGUAUGGAGUCUCUCCACCGGUCAAGAAGUCGGAGACACGGGACAACGACGAAAAUGAUCUCUCGAGGCGAUGAUUUCGACGAUUCCGAAAGGCCGGAUUCGAUAGCGCGGCCUGAAUUUCUUACGUGUAAAAGAAAAAAAAAAUGACCGAGCGGAGAAUCUUGUGAUAGAGAAACGUGUACCUGUGAUAUUUACUGUAGUAGGCGUAGAGAGAGAAUGAGAUACUAGAUUUUUAAUAAACAUGUUUCGUAUCAGCA